UCAAACUUCACGAAAACGUCACAAAAAUGCCAGUCAACGUCAAAUAAAACAUAAAUUUUACGGAGAAUGUUUUUCUUGAGAAAGUUAUCGAAAAACUUGUCAAAACAGUCGAUAAGAAAUUCGGGUGCUGUUCUAAACCUUUCUCGGUUAUCUCAUAGAGAUGAAGAUGAGGAACGCGAGGAAGAAGAAAACGAAACUUUAAAUAUCGAAGAUAGAACGGCUAUAAUAAAUGGAGGAGCGUCAGGGAUAGGAUAUGCUAUAGCAAGAGAGUUUCUAAUAAAAGAAUCUAAUGGUAGAAUUUUAGGUAUGCACCACAUCUCUAUAGUCGAUAUUAACGCUGAAGUUGGCGAAACAGCCACUGAAAAACUAAUGAAAGAAUUUGGUAACGAGAAAGUUCUAUUUUUCGAAGCCGAUGUCUCUAAAGCAAAAGAGCUAGACGACGUUUAUAGGAAAGCCAUUCAAUUUCACGAUGUGCCUGAUAUAGUGGUUAACAGUGCCGGUAUUAUGGAUGAUACUAAUUGGGAAAAACAACUGCAAACAAAUAUGGCUGGGUGUGUUGUUGGAACAUUGUUAGGAAUGCAAUACAUGGCCAAGUCUAGCGGAGGUUAUGGUGGUACAAUAGUGAACCUGGGGUCAAUACUGGGUAUCAUACCGUCUUCAGGGUACCCUUUGCAUACCAUGACCCAGUUCGGCAUUUGCGGAUUUACAAAAGCCUUAGGCUGCGGAAAUCACUUUCAAAGAACAAAAGUGAAAAUAUUUGCCGUAUGCCCGGGUCUUACGGACACCACACUGCUGUCUGAAGCUCCCAGGAACGUUAUAAACGAUAGAUUUGCUCAGGAAUUUGCAGAUGAAAUUGCAGGAUCAAAUCUACAAAAGGUUGAAAGUGUUGCCAAAGGCCUGACUUCGAUACUGGACGAAGCCAACCCUGGAUCCGUGUGGGUAGUCGAAAAUGAUCAAGAUCCCUACGAAGUAACGUAUCCAGGAAACGUUUUAGAUCUUAAAAAAGACAAAGCAGGCAAAAAUUCCAAUAAAAAAGAUCUAGAAGAACACCUAGCAGCUAAUAUGAUGUAAUGUGUUCGUAUAAUAAUAGUAAAUGCUGAUGUUAACUGGCUUGUGAUAAAAUAAAAAUAUU